GUCCAUCUUUAAUGUACUGUAUUGAAGAGAUUGACGAGAAGAAAACAUUGAAAUUUGAAGUAAAGAAGGCUCGGUAAUCGCGGACGUGGCUACUAAAACAAAAAGAUAUACGACAUUAAUAUAACUUACAGAAGUUAUAGGCGGUAUGAAGACAGUAUCAUAGCGAAGCCAUGGCUGAUAAAAGAAAACUCCAAGGUGAAAUAGAUCGAUGUUUGAAAAAAGUCGCAGAGGGUGUUGAGCAGUUUGAAGACAUCUGGCAAAAGUUACACAAUGCAGCCAAUGCCAACCAGAAGGAGAAGUAUGAGGCUGACCUCAAGAAAGAAAUCAAAAAGCUCCAGCGACUACGAGACCAGAUUAAGACAUGGGUGGCAUCCAACGAGAUCAAGGAUAAGAGGCAAUUAGUGGAGAACCGCAAAUUGAUAGAGACGCAAAUGGAGCGGUUCAAAGUAGUGGAGAGGGAGACAAAGACGAAAGCUUACUCCAAGGAAGGGCUGGGUUUGGCCCAGAAAGUGGACCCCGCUCAGAAGGAGAAGGAGGAAACGGAACAGUGGCUAACGAAUACGAUAGACACACUAAACAUGCAAGUGGACCAGUUUGAGAGUGAAGUGGAGUCCCUCUCUGUCCAAACAAGGAAAAAGAAGGGAGACAAAGAUAAACAAGAGCGCAUAGAGGAACUGAAGAGGCUGAUCGAGCGCCACCGGUACCAUAUCCGCAUGCUAGAGACCAUCCUGCGAAUGCUUGACAACGACUCAAUUCAGGUGGAUUCCAUCCAUAAGAUCAAAGAUGACGUGGAGUACUACAUCGACUCCUCCCAGGACCCCGACUUUGAGGAGAAUGAGUUCCUCUACGACGACCUGGACCUAGAAGAUAUCCCGGCGGCGUUGAUGGCCACCUCACCUCAAGGUCAAUCAAACUUGGAGGAUGAGAUGUUCUUGCAGUCCAGCAGCACGCCGACCUCCACCACCUCCUCCUCGCCCAUCCCUCCAUCACCUGCAGCCGGCACCGCGAGCCCGCCAGGCCUCCUGCUCCUCCAUCAGCCUGAGGCCGCUCUCGCUGCACCCAACACCCCACACCCACCUCUCCUCUCCUCCAUCAGUUACCCAGGCCUCUCCUCUACUCUCCCUUGGGAGAACUCUGAAGAGGACAAGAAAAGAGGGCGGUCCACCGACAGUGAAGUUAGUCAGUCACCUGUGAAGAAUGGGAACCCAUCGCACUUGUCGUUCUCCUCCUCCUCCUCCUCUUCCUCUGGAUCCACGCCCUCGUCGGUCUCCAUGGCCGCAGUUGUCGGGGGAGGACCAGCCGUGUCCAGCGGGAGCAACCUCCUGGGCAGUUUCAGCAGCGCCGUGCAGCAGCACCCCCCUCAGUCCCAGUCCCAGCAGCCGCCAGCGCAACAGCCCCAGCAGACCCAGCCCAAGACCCCCUCCACCCCCAUCCCCAUCCCCUCCAACAGCACCCCCAGCCCCCCCAGCCACCCCACACUCCCCACCUCCAGCACCCCCUCCCUGCCCAGCUCGAGCACCCCCGCCCCAGCCACGCCAAACUCCCAGCCCCUGGUCUCCUCGGGGCCUAGCGCGGUGGCCUCGGGCCUGGGCCUGGGGCUUGGCUUGGGCUUGGGGAAGAGUGGCGUGACUGUGACCAGCAGUUCGUCGCAGAUGUCCAGCCUGGGCCUGUCGGGGAUGACCGGCUCAUUGAGCACCAUGGCGGGGCUUCUCUCCACGUCCACGCCGGCACCGUACGCCCAAGCGGCCGCGGGCGGAGUGGGCAGCGCCCCCGGUGGUCCGGUGGGGAGCGGAAGCAGUGGCGGCCUCAGCAGCACGGUCCCCACGGCGAGCUCGGUCAUGGUCGGCGUUGGAGGAGGCGUCAGCAGCGCGGGCGUGACCAGCAACGGCACCGGCUCGUCUCUGGGGCUCCUAGGGUCCAGCCCGGGGCACGGGGUACUGGGCGGCAGCAUCCUGAGCCUGGUGCAACAGGGACAGUCGGCCCUGCAGGGGGCACCGCAGGUACCUCUCAGCCCCGUGGGCUCUGCCCCGGGCUCGAGCGCUGGCGUGGGCCUCAUGGGGGGCAACGGAGGAAGUACAGGGACAGCGGGCUCAGGAGUCGGGGGAAACUCAGCGCCCGCCAGACCUCCCAGUGUUCUCAAACAGAAUGGAGGCACAAGUUACAGUGCCAUUGUCGCGGACAACACACCUGACUCCACCCUCAGCAGCGGUAGCCAAUCACAAAGCAGCCAGCCCUCAUCUCUAAGCUCCUCGGGCAAUCCACCGCUGGAUAACGGCCCCAGUCUCCUGAGCUCCAUCACCCUUCCACCCUCCUCACCCUCUCCCUCGUUCACGGACAACACCCCUGGUGGUGGAAGUCUGCUCAACGGCCCGCACUCCUACACACCAAACUCUGAGGUCAUCAAGGCCCCUGAGCCGUUAAGUUCUCUGGCUGCUAUGGCAAAGAGGGCAGCUAUGGUAACAGGAAUGGAUGGAGAGAUUUCCUCCAUACAUCUCCCUGAAAGAGACAUAUUCACAAGCUCGGCCCCUAGCGGGCCACCUGUGGCCCCUCAGCCAGCCGUCUCCGAGGUCAAUCUGCCACCGUCGUUAGGGGUGUGUCCACUGGGCCCCACGCCCCUGUCCAAAGAGCAGCUCUACCAGCAGGCCAUGCAGGAGUCUGCGUGGACACACAUGCCUCACCCGUCCGACUCCGAGAGAAUCAGGCAAUACCUGAUGAGGAACCCGUGUCCCACUCUUCCCUUCCACCAUCAGGUCCCCCCCCACCACUCCGACUCCAUCGAGUUCUACCAGAGACUGUCCACUGAGACCCUCUUCUUUAUCUUCUACUACCUGGAGGGCACAAAGGCUCAGUAUUUGUCCGCUAAAGCUCUGAAGAAGCAGUCUUGGAGGUUCCACACCAAGUACAUGAUGUGGUUUCAGAGACAUGAAGAGCCUAAGACCAUCACUGACGAGUUUGAACAGGGCACAUACAUCUACUUUGACUACGAGAAGUGGGGCCAGCGCAAAAAGGAGGGUUUCACAUUUGAGUACCGCUACCUGGAGGACCGGGACCUGCAGUGACCGUCAGACUGGGGCAAGGGGGCGGGGGCAGGAGACGCAGAAAGCGGCCGGGGCAAGGGCAGAUGGGAGAUGAGCUGGUCGCCAUGGAGAAUGUGCUGCUGUUGACAUUCCGAGAUUGAACUCCAUGCCGUGAUAAUGUUUUUUUUUGUUUUUUUUUAAAGAAAAAACGUUGGUUGUAAAGUAGGCCUUUAUCUUAAACGGGGAGAAGCACGAGAGAGGAGGGGGUCGAGUGCCUGUUUACACACAAACAUUUGAACCUCUCUUUGCAGUCCUCUUGCCCGCUACUUCUGUUUUAUCUCAAUCCCCCAGCACCACCAGACUACACAAAAAGCAAACUCCAAUUGGGAAAAAGAAAAAAAAACAACGCACCACCACCACCACCACCACCAGUGUAAUUUGACUAGGAGUACUACCUGAGUCUCAUGGAUGUUUUCUGAAAGCAUUUCUGUAGUUGUUCGUAGGCCUCCCCACUGCCGGUACCCUACAGGGCCAGUCCUGUGUUGAAGAGGACGAGAUGUUAAUUAAAUUGCUAUGCAAUUGAAUUCUACUCUGCCUCCUCUCUCUGUCAAAGAAAUGUGGAAUAAAUAUAUAUAUAUAUAUAUAUAUAUAUAUAUAUAUAUUAUAAAAAUUUCACCCUUGAGUCAACUCAGCGUUUCGUUCCACUGCUGCCUCUGUUCAUUUCAACAAGAGCAGUGAGCAUCCCUCUUGAAAAAGAGAAUAUCAAAUAAUGACGACAAAUAAUGAAAAAAAAAGAAAUAAAUCAGAUGCAGGGAGUUAUCCUCUUUCUCACUAACCGUGUGUAGGUUGUUUGUGGUUAAAAAAAGAAGUAUAUCUAUAUAUCUUUUUUUGUCAUGUGGAAAGCUCGGACAGUUCUGGAAUAUGUAUAAAAAAAAAGAGAAAACCCUUCCUCCCCUGUAUGCAUUUCUUUCAUUUUGGAAACCAACUUUCACAGAUUCCCUCUCAUUUGUCCGAAUAGGAGCGAGCACACUCACUUUACAAAGAAUCAUUGUUUCCCUUUUACUCGGUGUGCGUAAGCGUUUAAAGCCUCUUAGUUAAAAAAGGUGUCCUCAGUGAGUUUUCUUAAUUGCAUUUUCCUUCAUUUUUUUUGGAGGGAAAACCCACAAUCUGUAUUUCAAAAAGAAACGUUAAGAAACUGUGUAGAAAUUUUAAAAAAAGAGAAAUUAUUUUUGGCUUAAGGAAGGAAAGGGCAGCUGACAGACAACAUGUGAAUUUCUCUCCAAAAAAUAAGUACAAAAAAUUAUGUAUAGAGUUGAUUUCUCAUCUUUGCUUUUUUGACACUGUCAGGAUAGCAUGUGAUAUGCCAUUCAGUAAGCCUGAAAUGGGGAAAAAAGAGGAUUGUACAAUUUCAAUAAAAUACUUUUGUGAACA